UCUAGUUGGGGAGGCGGGUAGCCGUUUGAAUUCUUGACUCUUGACAGAAGGACGAAUAUUUCGCUUUUAGGACUAACAAAUCGGAAGUUGAGAGAGCGUUACAGCGGCCGUGGUCUGGAUCGUGGUUUAAUGCAACUUUUUAAAAAGUCAUGUCAACGUAAAUGUUUCAAUUCAUGGAAGAUACAGCUAAAUGACAGCGAUCGUCCAGGCCUGCUUGCUAGCUAGCUAGCUUGUUAGCAGCAGACAAGCUAGCUAACAAGCUAGCUGGCUAAGUGCUUCGGGGUAAUGCACAGUGUAUCGCGGUUGAUGGUGGCUUGCCGCAGGGUGUAAAUCGCCCCAAAACUCGAUGAGGUUCAGAAACACAUUGGCAAUUCUCCGCAUUAAGCAGCUAAUCUGAACAUAACAAUAGUUUCUUGUUGCGCUAGCGAGAUAGAAAAACCAACAGGAAAAGUACCAAGCUAAGUUGUCCAGCUCUGCUCCCAAGUUAUGAUCCUACUUUGCAGAAGUUCAUAAACCGCAAUAAAUCGGCCAAAUAACGGAUUUCAUGCGUGCACAUGUGCCUGUUUGGCUAGCUUGCUGUCGUUACCUCGCUCUCUAACUUAGAAGCCAGCCAGUUCCAGAGACCUGCGGAAUACAGCGGACAGCAAUAAUGGAGGAAAACGAUAACAUGGACUAUUUUUACCAGCAAGUUUUGCAAAAGGACGUGACCCGGCGGCUGCAGGUCGGCCAAGAUCUCAUUGACUACCUCAAAGAUCCGCACCGAUCGCCCGAUGUGGAGCAGGACAGAUCUCGUCUGGAUAAAACUAUAGAUGAGCUAACGGGAUGGGUGAAUUCAAGCAAUUACAAGGUGGCGCUCUUGGGGAUUGAUAUUGUCGGGGCGUUCGUAGACCGCCUGGGAGAGCGCUUCAAAGACCAUAUGGGAACAGUGAUCCCGGCCUUCAUCGACAGACUGGGGGACUCGAAGGAGCAGGUUCGGGAGCAAGCCCAGGCCCUGAUCCUCCGGCUCAUGGAGGUCGCCCCGGUCAUGUACGUAUGGGAACGGCUGCUCCCGGGCUUCAAACAUAAGAACUUCCGGUGCCGAGAGGGGACUUGCCUUUGUCUCAUCACUACACUUAACAUGUAUGGGCCAGUUGCCUUGACACUCAAUAAAAUGGUCCCGUUUCUUUGCACACUGACGGGAGACUCCAAUGCACAGGUUCGAGAGAUAGCGAUGACCACGCUGGUGGAGGUGUACCGGUACGUGGGGGACAGAGUGAGGCCCAGCCUGCACAAGCAGGGCCUCCCGGCUGCGCGGUUGCAAGCGAUACUCAGCAAGUUUGAUGAAGUGCAGAACUCCGGCAACAUGGCUCUGAACCUCAGUCACGACAAAAGUUUCGAGGAUGACGAGUCAGUGGACGGGAACCGGUCCUCGUCCUCCCAACAGGGCUUCAAGGUCCCCGCCGCCAAGAAGCCCGCAAACCCCAGCAACAGUGCCCGGAGACCCAGCGGCGCCGGGGCGGCGAAGACGGGAGGUCCGUCCAAGGAAGGGGCGGGGGCCAUCGAUGAGGAGGACUUCGUCAAGGCCUUCACAGACGUCCCCACUGUGCAGAUUUACUCCACCCGAGACCUGGAGGACAACCUGAACAAGAUCCGGGAGGUUCUGUCGGACGACAAGCACGACUGGGACCAGAGGGCCAACGCACUGAAGAAGAUCCGGUCACUGCUGGUCGCCGGGGCGGCGGACUACGACUGCUUCUACCAGCACCUGCGCCUGCUGGACGGCGCGUUCAAGCUGUCGGCCAAGGACCUGCGCUCGCAGGUGGUGCGGGAGGCCUGCAUCACUGUGGCCCACCUCUCCACGGUUCUGGGCAACAAGUUCGACCACGGGGCCGAAGCCAUCGUGCCUGUCCUCUUCAACCUCAUCCCCAACUGUGCCAAGGUGAUGGCCACCUCGGGCGUGUCCGCCAUCCGUUUCAUCAUCCGGCACACCCAUGUUCCCAGGCUAAUCCCCCUCAUAACCAGCAACUGCACGUCCAAAUCCGUCGCCGUGAGAAGACGCUGUUAUGACUUCCUGGAUAUGCUGUUGCAGGAGUGGCAGACCCAUUCGCUGGAGAGACACAUAGCUGUCCUGGUGGAGAGCAUAAAGAAGGGAAUCCGAGACGCGGACGCCGAGGCCAGGGUGGAGGCCAGAAAGGCGUACUGGGGCCUGCGGAACCACUUCCCCGGGGAGGCGGACGCCCUCUACACCUCCCUGGAGUCCUCGUACCAGCGCAACCUGCAGUCCUGCCUGCGCAGCUCCGGCAGCGUGGCCUCCCUGCCGCAGUCCGACCGCUCCUCCUCCAGCUCCCAGGAGAGCCUCAACCGCCCCCUGUCGUCCAAGUGGUCGGCCGCUCCAGGAAGAGUCUCCGCCAGCUCCAAGACCACGGGCUCGCCGGGGUCUCUCCAGCGGUCCCGCAGCGACGUGGACGUCAACGCCGCGGCGGGCGCCAAGGCGCGGCACAGCGGGCAGCCAGCGGGGGGCGCCGGCCGCCUGACCACCUCGGGCCUGCCCCCGGGCUCCUACGCCUCCCUUGAUGAUGGGUCUGAUAAGAUGGAUGGGGCCUCGUCCAAUGAUGGCCGCCUGCGCACCAAGCAGACUCUGUCCACGGUUUCCGGGGGCGGCGCCAGCGUUCAGGUGGACUCCAGAGGUCGCAGCCGAACGAAAAUGGUCUCCCAGUCCCAACGUUCAGAAGAUUCUGAUUGCACGCCAGGAUCUCAGUCUGCUACCCCAGCUGGUGCGGGCAGCCGGUCAGGUUCCCCCGGCCGGGUCCUGGCCAGCACGGCCCUCAGCACGGUGAACACGGGGGCCCAGCGGGUGCUGGCGGGGCCCAGCUCCCAGAGGCGCAGCCGGAUCCCGCGCAGCCAGGGCUGCAGCCGCGACUCCAGCCCCACCCGGCUCUCCGUAGCUCCUUCAACCUACAGUCAGAUCUACAGUGACGUGAGUAGAGGAGCGAGGGGGAGCCGAAUCCCUCGGCCUAGUGUGAGUCAGGGAUGCAGUCGGGAGGCCAGCCGCGAGAGCAGCAGGGACACGAGCCCUGUUCGCUCCUUCCAGUCCCUGGCACCUCGACAUUACUCCAGGUCCACAGGGGCCCUCCACACCUCGGAUGUUUUUGGGCCUGCAGGCUCUGGGUUGGGGAUCAGUCAGUCCAGCCGCCUCUCUUCCUCGGUCAGCGCCAUGCGGGUCCUCAACACGGGCUCGGACGUGGAGGAGGCUGUGGCCGAUGCACUGCUGUUAGGAGACACGAGGAGCAAGAAGAAGCCUCUCCGACGGCGGUACGACACGUACGGGAUGUACUCGGACGACGACGCCAACAGUGACGCGUCCAGCGCCUGCUCGGAGCGCUCGUACAGCUCGCGCAACGGCAGCAUCCCCACCUACAUGCGGCAGACGGAGGACGUGGCCGAGGUGCUGAACCGCUGCGCCAGCUCCAACUGGUCCGAGAGGAAGGAGGGCCUCAUGGGCCUGCAGAGCAUGUUCAAGAGCCAGAGGACCCUCAGCCGAGUGGAGCUGAAGAGACUCUGCGAGAUCUUCACCAGGAUGUUCGCCGACCCGCACAGUAAGCGAGACGUUGGGCGUGGCGAACUCUCGAGCAGGUGCUAUGGCUCGGCAGAAUCCGGUAUAAGCUCAGCCUCGUUUAAGAGAGUGUUCAGCAUGUUCCUGGAGACGCUGGUGGACUUCAUUCACGUUCACAAGGACGACCUUCAGGACUGGCUGUUUGUCCUGCUCACCCAGCUGCUGAAGAAGAUGGGCGCUGACCUGCUGGGCUCUGUCCAGGCCAAGGUCCAGAAAGCCCUGGAUGUCACCAGGGAGUCCUUCCCCAAUGAUCUGCAGUUUGCCAUCCUGAUGAGGUUUACAGUUGACCAGACACAGACACCCAACCUGAAGGUGAAGACGGCCAUUUUGAAGUAUAUCGAGACAUUGGCCUUGCAGAUGGAGCCCGCAGACUUCGUCAACUCGAGCGAGACACUUCUCGCUGUGUCCCGCAUCAUCACCUGGACCACCGAGCCCAAGAGCUCCGACGUCCGGAAGGCAGCCCAGUUGGUCCUGAUCUCCCUGUUCCAGCUGAACACCCCAGAGUUCACCAUGCUGCUGGGGUCUUUACCAAAAACCUACCAGGACCAAGCCACAAAGCUUCUGCAGAACCACCUGCGCAACAGCGGCAACACUGCGCAGGCGCCCAUGGGAAGCCCCCUCACACGGCACACACCCCGCUCUCCAGCCAGCUAUUCCAGCCCUCUCACCUCGCCCACCAACACCUCUCAGAACACACCGUCACCAAGUGCGUUCGACUAUGACACAGAGAACAUGAACUCUGAUGACAUCUACAGCUCCCUGAGGGGGGUGACGGAGGCAAUCCAAAACUUCAGCGUGCGCAGCCAGGAGGACAUGAACGACCCCCCGCGGCGGGACACCAAGAAGGAUGGGGAGGCGGAGGGAGGGGUGGUGGGAGGCGGUGGAGUGGACAGCCUCGACUCUGGCCGCACGGCGCUGGAUAAUAAGACGUCUCUGCUGAACACCAUGCCCCCGCUGCACUCCAGCCCCCGUGGCGGCCGCGACUACAACCCCAUCAGCUACUCCGACGACUCCUUCGGCUCCCCGUUCAAGGACAGCUCGGGCUCGUCAGCGCUGUACAGCAGCGUGGACCAGUCGGAGUUGGUGUCGGAGCUCCUGAAGGACCUGUCGGGUCACAACGAGCGCGUGGAGGAGCGGAAGGCGGCGCUGAGCGAGCUCAUGAAGCUGAUCCGGGAGAAGCAGCUGCUGGUCUGGGACGAGCACUUCAAAACCAUCCUGCUCCUACUGCUGGAGACCCUGGGAGACCGAGAGCAUGUGAUCAGGGCAUUGGCGUUGAGAGUGCUGAAGGAGAUCCUGAACCGCCAGCCCUCGCGCUUCAAGAACUACGCUGAGCUGACCAUCAUGAAGGUGCUGGAGGCCCACAAAGACCUUCAUAAGGAGGUGGUGCGUGCGGCGGAGGAGACGGCGGCCAUGCUGGCCACCUCCAUCAGCCCAGACCAGUCCAUCAAAGUCCUGUGUCCCAUCAUCCAGACGGCUGAGUACCCCAUCAACCUGGCCGCCAUUAAGAUGCAGACCAAGGUCAUCGAGCGCGUCCCCAGAGAGGCCAUGCACCAGCUUCUGCCUGAGAUCGUCCCCGGGCUCAUCCAGGGUUAUGAUAACUCGGAGAGCAGCGUGCGGAAGGCCUGCGUUUUCUGCCUGGUAGCCAUCUACACCAUCAUCGGAGAGGAGCUGAAACCGCACCUCAGCCAGCUGUCCAGCAGCAAGUUGAAAUUAUUGAAUCUGUACAUAAAGCGGGCUCAAACCGGCUCCAGCAGCGGCGACCCCACAGCGGACAUCUCAGGCCAGGGAUUUUGAACGAGAGGGAGAGAGACAUCGCCUCCCACUGGCCCGUAGGAGAGCGACGCUGAGGGGAAGCCCAGCCAGACUACACGCACUCUGGCCCGCGUGUGCUCACACACACACACACACACAUACAUACACACAAACACUCGCAAUCACACACACACACACACACACACACACUCUCUCUCUCUCACAUCACGGUGCAGGACACCCCUCCUGGCCUCGGCCCUGCAUGUUACACGCACUUCGCUCUUGGACCUCCAUUGUGCAGUUCAGCAGUGUUAUCCCUCAGUCAGUGCACCCCCCCCCCAGAGAAACACAGCUCCUACAGCAGAGACAGGGUCCCACUUCAAAAUGUUUCAUCUUCCUCCCAGCAUCGUCAGUUUCACCUGACUUCCCAGAUUCUACCGGUGUUACUGAUCUUGGUAAACGUUUUAUGUCUUUUCCUUCUUGUUUCUGGAAAGCUAAUUAUGAGGAUGUCAAUCAACUGCUUUAAAACCACGGGGGGAGUUAGAUUCUCCUUCCUGUCUGCUUCUGUCCAGUGAUUGCAUUGUCUCUUAAGCGGAAUUUGUUUUUACUUAAAUUGAAAUAAAUACAAAAAAGCGCAGAAGUUGUGUUGGUGAUGGCGACUGUGAUGGCAAAGGGAAUGUUUCAUUCUGCGACCGUGACUGUGGUGCAGUAGGCGGGGGAUUGAGCAUCAAAUCUGAAUCCAUUCACAUGCUAAUGGAACAUGUCUGCUGCCAUGGCAACAGCUCUUUAUCAAACAUGAAGGAGCUUGCCCAGAUAGGAGAGCAUUAUUAAGUGUUUUUGAUCCAAAGUGUCUUUGCUUUUGCCUUCUUUUUAUUUAUGGAUACAAAUCCUUGUAAAAAACUCUGUAAACAUCUUAUGGGGCUUGAACAAAAACUUGCUUAAAAACAAAGAUGGCUGCAUUUUGUUAUGGGGGAGAUGGGGAGGGGGUGUUGCUGGUGUUAUCUUUAAAUUGGAAAGGGUAUUUUCUCCAACCUUGUUGUGGUUUUAUAUUUAAUACCUAGCAUUGAUUCCUGAAAUUUUCAACAAGGUCUUUUAAUUGUCGGAAUUACAGAUUGUCCUGCAAGGGCCUGACAGUGUUACUAAGACUUCUCCAGUGUUAAUAUUAUUGGUCUGUUUGUUUGAUAGUCAUACCAGUGGGAAGACACAUGAACUGAGUGCAGCUUCACCCUUCAGUGCGAUAAGAGGAAGAACAAUUCACAAAAAAAUCACCCAAAGUUGGGUUGUUUUCAAAGUCUUGAUUCUCACUGUGGUGAGGUCAGAGCGCGCUGUUAAUUGAGGGUUGUGUGUAAUGCACUUUUUCCUGGUUGCUCUUUCACCUGUGAAUCCAAGAAAACAAACUGGCAGGACCCGGAUGGUGCAAAAGACCUCCACAGUAUGUGCGGUCUGACAGUUGGCUAUAUCCAAAAGUGUUUGUCCACAUGCUCUUCCAGUGUGUGGCAUUUAUGUAAAAAAAAAAUCUACAAAUAAUACUCUUUUGAUACCAGCAAAUUUGGUACUAUGUCUGCUUUUCAUCGCGGUCACUGUGAGGUCAGGGUAUGGUAUGUUAGCCUACGCGCUGUACAGUUUCCACAGUCUCCCGUUUGGCCUGAACGGUUAUCGUGUGAAUGGCUCCACCUGACCAACACGGCAGCGUUCCGUCUCCAUUGUGUCUCCCCCUGCACCAGGGCUUCAUAUGGACUCUCCAGCAAGGCUCACACGUCAAACAUUUUUAUAACAUCACUGUAGAUGUUGCUUAAAUGCUAACGGAGGUUACCGAGCCCCGCCCACAACUUUGCGUAGUUUAGGAGACAGGAAAAGUCAAAGAUGAGUUCAAAAGUUUCCAGUGAACAGUGAAAUGCCAUGGUACAGUUGUGAUGCAGAAGCCUGCUUGAGUCGAGUUGUGUGUAUGUGGGUGUGGGUGUGUGUGUAUGUGGAGAGAGAAUAUUAAAGCUGUUUGUAAGAUUUAAUUUGUCAAGAUGGUCAGAUGCUGCAUUUAACUUUUUUUCUGUUGCGAAAGUAGUAAUUUUCCUCGAUGGCAAAUUUGUAGAAAUGUAUUUACAGACUUGAGUGGCAGAACUGUCAAUAUCAUCUUUUUCCUUUCUUUCUCAAUAGUCAUGU